AUGUCUCUCCAGACUACCGGCGACCUCUUCCACCUCAUCUUCACCCCGACACUUCCCUUCCCAUUCGGAUACAUCCCAUAUGCGUUCCGUGCUUUAGCCAUCGUGAUGGCUGCUCCAUUCCUUUUCUUCAUGGCCCUCGACCUCGUCGCAUACGCCAUUACGCGAACCCUUCACAUUUCGAUCGAGCGCCUUCGUGUGCCUGCGUCCCCGCCCUCAUCGUCGCGACGCCUGCCGGACGUUGACGAACAGCCGGACGACAUUGACAUUGCCGCGGAGCUUGACAGUCCUCAGCGCAAGACCAAGCCGCUACCGGAUCUCGGCUCUGGCAAGGCUUUCAGCCCCGUCCUCGCCCUCAUUGUUGUUCUGUUUGCCGCGCUCCUGCAGUGGACGACGACGAUCAGCAAUGACGCCCAGCUCUCCGCCCUCGCCGGUGAUGUCGCCAAGCCCCGCGCCGCCGUGCUCACCGCGCACCCGGACGACGAGGCGAUGUUCUUUGCUCCCAGCAUCCUGAGCAUGGUCGACGCCGGCUGGGACAUGCACGCCAUCUGCAUUUCCGAUGGCAAUGCAGACGGUCUCGGCCUCAUUCGCACGGAGGAGCUGUACCAGUCGUACACGCGCCUUGGCCUCAAGGCCGACCAGGUCUCCCUCAUCACGCACCCUUCUCUGCAGGACAGCAUGAACGCCUCGCAGAUGUGGGACUCGCAGCUCGUUGCGAACCUGAUCGCUCCCUACCUUGACCGCAACGGAAUCACGCAUCUCGUCACGUUCGACAACCAGGGCGUCAGCAAGCACCCGAACCACAUUGCCCUCGCCGACGUGCACGCGCACCUGAACCCGUAUCUCGACAGUGCGGACGAGGUCCCGCGCCCGGUGCUGCUGCAGCUCGAGUCGCCCCCGCUCGCGACAAAGUACACGGGACCGAUUUGGGCCGUCGUGUGCGCGCUGCGGGAACUCGCUGCGCGCGUCCUGGGCUCGUCUCCCGAGGGCGACGCGCCAGAGGCAGCGACCCUCAUCUCCUCGCCGGUACGCUAUGCCAAGGCGAUCCGCGCCAUGCUUGCGCACCGCUCCCAGCUCGUGUGGUUCCGCUGGCUCUACGUCUCCUUCAGCCAGCUCAUGUGGGUCAACCGUCUGAUCGAUCUGGGCCACUAG